AAAAAAAAGUUGCUUCUAUUUUAUUUUGCAGCUGUCACGAGUCUGGAGCUUCUUAGUGUUUUCCUUGCAGCGGAAUCACGUUGCGUCGCAGUCGUAGUCGCAGUAACAGUCGCAAAUCAGCAACCCACCCUUCGACCAAAAUUGUAUUCGGUUAAAACGCAAAGACAAAACUUGUUCCAAUUUACGAUUUCAAGAUGGCGGCUUCUAAUAGCCAAAAGAAAGUUUUGUUUGAUGACAGCGACGAUGAAUCGGAUGGAGGUGUUAAGCUGCAAAUCAAUUCCGAAUACGCCAAAAGAUUUGAGCAUAAUAAAAAACGAGAGGAAUUACAAAGACUGGAGGAAAAGUAUAAGUCUAAACAGGCCAAUGGUGACAAAUCAAAAGAUGAUGAUGAUGAUGACUCCGAUUCCUCCUCGGACGAAGAAGAAGAUGAAAACGGUUUCUUAGCGACGGAAGACCUUGAUGCUCAGAUCUCUGCCACGCUUCAGGCAAUCAAGAAUAAAGAUCCUCGUGUAUACGAUGGCAAGACUAGGUUCUACGAGCCAAUUGACGAAACUGCUGCCCCGAAGGACGCUACGGUAAAAGAAAAGAAAGAAAAGCCUAUUUUCUUACAAGAUUACCACCGGGAAAAAAUCUUGCGCGGAGAUACCGGAGCCGAUUUUGACGAGGAGCAAAAGCCCCCGCGAACUUAUGCGCAAGAGCAGGACGACUUGAAGCAGUCCAUUAAAAAUGAGAUCAAGGCGCAACUUGGCGCAGAAGGCGGCGCAGAAGACAGCGAUAGUGACGAGGAUUUCAUCAAGGCUAAAAAGAGGACCGAAACUGCUCCCGAACAAGACGUUCACCCAUCCAGGGCUGCCAAGAUCAAGCCCCCAAAACCUGACCUUUCGGAGGCGGACAAGGACCCAGAGCUUUUUCUGUCAAACUUUAUGGCUGCCCGCGCUUGGGUUGGAGAAGACGGAACUAAUUGGCAAGCGUUUGAGUCCGACGAAGGCGAAGACGACAAAGCAGAUGAGUGGGAGGCGGCGUUUAAUCUGCGCUUCGAAGACCCUAACAAGAGUAACGAAGUUUUGAAGUCAUAUGCUCGUGAUGUAGUCGCAGCGCGCUCAGUCCGACGAGAAGAAAAGAGCGCGCGAAAACGUCAACGAGAAAUAGAGCGUGAGAAGAAGGAAGAAGAGAAACAGAAGCGGAAAGAAGAAAAGGCGCGAUUACGUCGCCUUAAACUCGACGAAGCCGAAGAAAAAUUGAAAAAGAUCAAGAAAGCUGCGGGCUUGUCCGGCAAGACGCUAAAGGAUGAAGAAUGGCAGAAGCUACUUGAAGAUGCCUGGGAAGAUGACAAAUGGGAAGAGCAACUGAAGAAGAUGUUUGACGACCAGUAUUACGCUGCGGCCGAGGAAGAUGCAUCUGACGAUGAAGGCAACGCCGAAGGGAAGAAAUCAAAGAAGAUUAAAAAGCCUAAGUGGGACGAUGAUAUCGAUAUCAAGGAUCUUGUUUCCGACUUCGAGGAUGAGGAACGCCCCAACAUUACUCUUACCGAUGACGAGAAGCGCAACGAGGAAGAAGACAUAGACGAAGACGAAGAUGAAGAUGAAGAUGCGCCAUCGGCUAAGCGACAGAAGACUAGCAAACAACGCAAGCGAGAAAAGCUCGAGAGUCAAAAAGCAGCACGGCAAGAGCGAGCUAAGCUCGAGGCGCUCGUCGACGCAAAGAUGGAAAUCGACGACCCGGAGAUCCUCGCCGGCAGCUCGUCGACGAGCAAAGGGCCGGCGCGCUUCGCCUACCGCGAGACGCGACCCGAGUCCUUCGGGCUCACCACGCGCGACAUCCUCAUGGCGUCCGACGCCGACCUCAACGAAUUCGCGGGCCUGAAGAAACUCGCGCACUUCCGGCCGGAGGACAAGCAGAAGAAAGACCGCAAGCGGCUCGGCAAGAAGGCCCGUCUAAGGCAGUGGCGCAGGGAAACCUUCGGCCCCGAGUUCGAGAGGGAACCACCCGCGUUCAACCCCGGGAGCUUCGUGGACGGCGGCGACGACGGCGGGAAGCCGAAGAAAUUCGAGGCGGAGAACGGAAAUGGUGGUAGCAGUAAUAUAAUCGAGGGCGGCUCCAAGAAGAAGCGCAAGCGGUCCAGGGCCAAGAAGAGCGCGAAGCAGGGAGAGGCGGACGAGGCGGAGGAUGUGGCAGUGGAUGCAGCGUAGACGCGAUGUACAAUACUAACCCUAACCCCCUAUCCGUAGAAAAUUUUGUAUGGUUCGGUUUGGGUUUCUUCUUUUCGGCAGAGAAUCUCGGUAGAUAGUAGAUUGAUACCCUAGAUCUAAAAAUUGUCGCGCGCGAAGCAAGGGGAACAAAUUAAAAAUUUACCAACUACCUAC